CAGACCUAUACCUUCCUGGAUUUUUAAUACAUUUAUCACUGCAAGCAUAGCAUUGAUUAUCUCGUCUAUCGCUCCUAGAAUAAUCCAACACCGCACUGAAAAUUCCGUCAGUAUGGCCGCAACUUCUUUGAAGAACGUUAUCGUCGUGGGCGGUUCCUAUGUCGGAAAGGGAGUCGCACAAGAGCUUGCGCGGGUCGUUCCCAGCACACAUAGAGUCCUCCUGAUCGAACCCCACAGUCACUUCCACCAUCUUUUCGCAUUUCCCCGAUUCGCCGUCCUCUCCGGCCACGAACAAAAAGCCUUCAUCCCCUACUCCCGCCUCUACUCCUCCAUCCCCAAUGCCACACAACAUGCAGUCGUCCAGGCGCGCGUUCUCUCCGUACAGCCCCAACACGUCAACCUCGACCGUGACUGGCAAGGUCUGAAGCAGAUCCCAUUCGACUACCUCGUUGUCGCAACAGGCACGCGUCUCGCCCAACCCGCAGCCAUGAGCGACGACGACAAACCCUCCUCCGUCCUCUACCUCCAGAAGCACCAAGCAGACGUCAAGAAAGCCAAGUCUGUAGUAAUCGUUGGCGGUGGAGCCGUCGGUGUGCAGAUGGCCACCGACAUGAAGGAGCUGUACCCGGAGAAGGAAAUUACCGUGGUGCAGUCACGCGAUCAAUUGAUGCCUCAAUUCCACCGCGGUCUUCACGAGAUCGUGAAGAAGCGCUUUGAGGAGCUCGGUAUCAACCUGGUCACCGGCGCCCGCAUCGUCGUCCCCGAAUCCGGCUUCCCUAACAACGGCACCCCCUUCACCGUCCAACUGAACAACGGCACCGAACUCUCAACCGAGUUCGUCAUUCUCGCCACGGGCCAGAAACCCAACAACGACCUUAUCAAGUCUCUCCCCGCUUCCUCUCCCGACUCUCUCAUCAACCCCGAUAACGGCUUCAUUCGCAUCCGUCCCACCUUGCAGUUCCAGGACCCGAAGUACCCGAACCUCUUUGCGCUGGGCGAUAUCGCUGAUACUGGAUUGCGCAAGGCCGCAAGACCCGGUGGUCCCCAGGCUGCGGCCGUGGCGAAGAAUAUCCAGGCGAUGAUCGAGGGGAAGAAGCCCGAGGAGGCGUUCCCGCCGUUCCCGAUGGCUAUUCAUAUUACGUUGGGAUUGAAAUACAACAUUGUGUUCCGGAAUCCCAACCCCGCUGAAGGACAGAAUGAGCCUGUUGUUAAGGAGUCUUGGGACUCGCAAGAAGACAUGGGUGUUGAUCGGUGGUGGCAGCGUAUGGGAUUCGAGGAAAGCGGCGCCCCUCAAUACCAUUUGUAAAGCGGAUGCAUUGCAUACUGUUACCGCGUACGAUACCAUUUGAUGUAGAUUUGAUAGACCAUCCAUAUAAGAUAUGAUACCAUUUGUG